CAAAAUGUCAGCACGCGUGUCGUGUUUGAUUUCAUGAAAUAUUUACCAUAGUGAUAGUAAAACCAGCAUAUUUUGAUUAAAUCAUGGUUAGGAGUGGGCGUGACCGCGACCGAGAUCGCGAACGUAGUAGACGCUCUCCUAGUAGAUCAGCAACUCCAGAGCGAAAACGGAGACGAUCCCGCUCCAGGAGUCGUGACAGGAGCUCCAAGUCUUCUAAGAGGAAGCGUAGUCGCAGCAGAGACCGUGAAUCUAAGAGAGAUAGAGACAGUCACAGGGAUCGUAAGAGUGACAAGCGGGAUGACAAACGGAAUGGAACCAGUAGUAAGUCGUCCAGGAAAAAGUCCCCAGACAAAGACAGGUCUAAGUCGAGAGAGAAGGCAGUCAAAAAUGAACCUGUGGAAUAUGACAUUGGAUCUGCUGAUAAGGAAGAAGAACAGAGCAGAUUGGAACAAGAGAUGCAAAAGCGUCGCGAUCGCAUCGAGAGAUGGCGCGCUGAGCGCAAACGCAAAGAACUGGAGUCCGCUAAAAAGGAGGUGCAGAAAGGCAGCAUCGUUUCAAACAUUCAAGUGCCCGCUGUUAAAAAAUGGUCUUUAGAGGAUGACUCUGGGGACGAAGAUGGUGAAUCCAAAGAGAAACAAGCUGCCGAAGAAAAGAAAGAGAAAGAAGACGAAAUUGAUCCUCUAGAUGCGUAUAUGCAAGAAGUGCAACAGGAGGUGCGUAAAGUUAACCAGAUGGACCAAGCGAAAGGAAUAAUCAGUGUACCAACAACAGGUGGCACUGGAAUUGUCAUUCUCACUGGAACUGCUAAGAAAAAGGUCACGGAACAGAAGAACAAAGGGGAGCUGAUAGAACAGAACCAAGACGGUCUGGAGUAUUCCUCAGAGGAAGAAACGGAGGAUAUAAAGGAUGCAGCAGCGAACCUCGCAUCCAAACAGAGGAAGGAGCUGGCUAAGGUGGACCAUGCCAGUCUUCAAUACAUGCCUUUUAGGAAGGCAUUCUACACAGAGGUCAACGAACUAUCAAGGAUGACGUCAGACGAAGUGGAGGCGUAUCGAACAGAACUGGAAGGCAUCCGAGUGAAGGGCAAGGGCUGCCCCAAGCCCAUCAGGACUUGGGCCCACUGUGGCAUCAGCAAAAAAGAGCUGGAUAUACUGAAGAAGCUGGGCUUUGAGAAACCAACGCCUAUACAGGCUCAGGCUAUACCUGCGAUUAUGUCUGGAAGGGACCUAAUAGGCAUAGCAAAGACAGGCUCAGGCAAGACCCUUGCCUUCAUCCUGCCUAUGUUCAGACAUGUCCUGGACCAGCCUCCUUUAGAGGACACAGACGGGCCUAUAUCCCUCAUCAUGACGCCUACGAGGGAACUGUGCAUGCAGAUUGGGAAGGAUAUAAAGAAGUUUGCGAAGUCCUUGGGACUGAGGGUCGUGUGCGUUUAUGGUGGCACGGGCAUAUCGGAACAGAUAGCAGAAUUAAAACGCGGUGCAGAAAUGAUAGUGUGUACUCCAGGCCGCAUGAUAGACAUGUUGGCGGCCAACUCGGGGCGUGUGACCAACCUUCGACGCGUCACAUACAUUGUAUUGGACGAAGCCGAUCGAAUGUUUGACAUGGGAUUUGAGCCACAGGUAAUGAAGAUCAUAGACAACGUGCGGCCGGAUCGGCAGACGGUGAUGUUUAGCGCUACCUUCCCGCGGCAGAUGGAGGCUCUAGCGCGGCGGAUACUGCAGAAACCUAUUGAGAUACAGGUCGGCGGCAGAAGCGUAGUGUGCAAAGAAGUGGAGCAACACGUGGCCAUUCUAGAAGAAGACGCGAAGUUCUUCAAACUUCUGGAACUUCUGGGCCUGUACAGCCAAAUGGGCAGCAUUAUAGUCUUCGUGGAUAAGCAGGAGAAUGCCGACAGUCUUCUCAAGGACCUGAUGAAGGCUUCUUACUCCUGCAUGAGCCUGCAUGGAGGGAUUGAUCAAUUCGACAGGGACUCCACCAUCGUGGACUUCAAAUCGGGCAAGGUGAAGCUGCUUGUCGCUACCAGUGUAGCUGCGAGAGGCCUCGACGUCAAACAGCUGGUGUUGGUCGUUAACUACGACUGCCCGAACCACUACGAGGAUUAUGUGCAUAGAUGCGGCAGGACCGGCCGAGCAGGCAACAAGGGCUUCGCCUGGACAUUCCUAACGCCAGAACAAGGGCGCUACGCGGGCGACGUGUUAAGGGCGUUCGAACUCGCUGGAGUCACCCCUCCCGUCGAGCUACGCCAGUUGUGGGAGAAGUAUAAGGAUGCUCAAGAAAAGGAUGGGAAGAAGGUGCACACUGGUGGAGGAUUUAGUGGCAAAGGAUUCAAAUUCGACGAGUCCGAAGCCCAAGCGGCUACAGAGAAGAAGAAAUACCAGAAGGCGGCCCUCGGGCUCCAAGACUCGGAUGAUGAAGACGUUGAGGGUGAUCUGGACCAACAGAUCGAGGUGAUGCUCGCCGCCAAGAAGAUCGUCAAGGAAAUUAAGCCCGGCGUGGGCGCUCCCGGCUUACCAGCAGGCGCAGCAGCGCCUAGCGGAGCCGAUGGAAAACUUGAACUGGCUCGAAGACUAGCGUCACGUAUUAACUUGGCCAAAGGGCUAGGUGCCGAGCAGAAGGGCGCCACGCAACAAGCCGCCGAGGCUAUACUGAAGGGCGCGCCGUCCGCACACACGCUUAUCACUGCAAAGACCGUAGCCGAGCAACUGGCUGCUAAACUCAACACUCGUCUCAACUACCAGCCGCGCGACGAGAGCGCGUCCGAACCGGCUGAAGAAGUGUUCCGCAAGUACGAAACCGAGCUCGAGAUCAACGACUUCCCGCAGCAGGCCCGCUGGAGGGUCACCAGCAAGGAGGCGUUGGCGCUUAUUAGCGAGUACAGCGAGGCUGGUAUAACCGUCAGGGGUACAUACGUGCCCCCGGGCAAACAGCCGCCCGAAGGCGAACGCAAACUGUACCUCGCCAUAGAGAGCUCCCAGGAACUAGCCGUGGCGAAAGCCAAGUCGGAGAUCACGCGGCUCAUAAAGGAGGAGCUCCUGAAACUGCAGACCUCCGCCCACCACAUGGUCAACAAGGCUAGAUAUAAGGUCCUUUAA